GUAACCUCGUUCAUGGAGAAAGCGUUUGGUUAGAGAGCGAAACUCGAUUCGUCGAAGACGCAUUUCGCUGUCAAGUUGCGGAUUAUAAAAAAAUCUUGGAUAAAUUUUCGUUGCGACGUGAAGAAGAUAAGAAUAAUGCUGAGGUUCGUUUGGUUACUCGGAAUAGUCGUUCACACUUUUGCGACGCAAAUGCCGGUGAAUAAUCCCGGUGAAUGGUCAUGGCAAGCCGAUAAUCCCGAGAAUCCGGGCAAAAGUGAGGCACAAGGGAAAAGAGCUACUUUAGACAGCGAUGGAGAUGUAAAUUCGAACAUAGAAAUCGUCAAUCCUCCCAACGAGCAACGAUCCGUAGAAUCGGUGAUCGACGAAAUUCUCGUGUCUAAUCGGCAGGGUCGCAACGUCGAGGGUUUCGAUCAAUUGUACGCAGACCCGGAGGUGAAGAACGCACUUCAAUUGGGAAACGAAACGAUCGCUCGUACGUACAUCAGGGAUAAACUGUGCUCUCUAGGAUUAAUGAACUGCGACAAUAUCGAGGGACGUCGGCCGUAUUACUCUCCUCAUCGUGGGAUAUAUCCGCAAGAUAUAAUUUACGCUCAACCCGUAACUAUCAAACCUGUCGGCAGACCUCUGCCAGCCAUACCUGUGAAACGACCAUACACGCCUGCCAUAAGACCGCCUGGAUUUAUUUCCUCCGGAUCACCACCGCCAGAAGUGAUUUACGGAAUUGGUGGUGCGCCUCAUCCACCUUCAUUUGUCUCCUCCUCUUCUUAUCCCGCGUUUAAGAAACCUGGUUAUCCCUCAUUCUCGUCGAGACCUGUAUACGAGGCAGGAGUUGCGAACGAAAAUUUCGAAUUCGCAGGCAACGGUCAAUUGAUCGAUAAAAAGCAGAUCGCGUUGAGACCGACGAUCGGCUCGGAAACCGUUCAGCAACAUGUUCAUCAUCAUUAUCAUCACGCGAAUGGUGGCGCAACGAUCGGUGGCGUCCCUUCGUCUCUUAGUUACGGUGCUGGAAAUAUAGGAACGAGUUACGAUAUUCCCAACUCUGGAGUGCUCGGUGCCGGUUUUCAGGACUUGGAUGAUUAUAAAAAGGCGUUCAAAGUAAAAGGGACAACGAGCAACGAUGGUUCCGUGUCGGCGAGUAGCUACGCUGAAAGAUAUCCCGUAUACGAGAAACCGAUGCAAGACUUUGACUUGCAUGCUAAGGCGGACGGUUAUAAAUCUGGCAAAUACUUUUCACCGGGCAACUACAUUUCUCCUAACGCCGUUCAAUCGUCUUCCAACGAUUACGUUACUUCUGGAUCGACUAGCAGUUAUUAUUAUGGAAACAACGAAGGCUUCGACAAUGAUUUUUAUACGGAGGAUUGCGUCUGUGUACCGUACGGACAGUGCCCAAGGGAACAAGCAGGUCGUAAGGACGAUUUAUUCCUUCCCAUCGAUCCUCGAAAUCUGAACAAGAAUAUCGAGGCCGAAUCUACGGAGGACACAGCCGCGGUGGUGAUAGAAAAAAAUACGAACGAAACGUUUACCGUCGGGUCGAACGAUUUUCAAACUAUUACACGGAAGGAUGAGCAGCAAACAGAGGAAACGAACAAGGCUCGAAACAAGAGGGAGACGACGACGACGACUGAUGGCGAAUCGGUAAACAUCGAAGGAAGAAAGAAGUCUAAUGGUGAAGGGAGACUCGACGCUAGCGAUCUGGACUCUUCGAAAUUAAACCUCAAGCCGACCUGGGGAAUCAGUUUCGGUCUACCGCAAACCGGUGGCCCGUACCCGAUCAACCCUUACGGUAGCAAUGUCCUGGUAAAUCCAUACAGAGGGUACGGUUCGACCGAUCAAGGCAUAGAUUUAGGCCUGGUCUCCGUGAAUCCUCUGCUUGCAGUACAAUUCACCAAAGACGAAUACGGCGAAAAAGUGGUAAAACCGUUUGUCAAUUUUCACGUAACGCCUAAUCGGAAUAUCGUGCAGAAACUCGGGCAUCUGCUCUCUCACAAGAAGCAAACGCUGUUCGAAAGUUAUGGACCUUCGUAUGCGCCGCAUUAUUAUCCCCUCAAACCUAUCGAGUUUUACGAGAAACCAUAUUACGUAAACCCACACGAUCCUUUAUUCCAUCGUUAUACGAGUCAUCGUGAGACACUUUAUCCCCAUCGAUAUUCGGAUUACUAUCGAGAUGACGAUGACGAUUACGAUUACAAUUACGAUUACGAGGAUAAUUAUCAUGGUAUCGCGCGUAACAAUGAUAAAAUAUCUAUCGAUCAUGCGAAUGGAUCUACGAUUCCAAAACAAACUGGUGGCAAAGUUUUAUUUCCGAAUAGAAGAAAGCGUGACAUACAGUCUGAAGCGAGAAUGGAAACGAAACGUAUAACAAAGAGACAAUACGCAGGCGUUGGAUCAGCUCGAAUUUGUGGUCCAGGUUAUGUUUGCUGUCCGCAAAGGCAACCAUCGAGAAAACCACGACCCGGUCAGUGCGGAAUCAGGUAUACUCAAGGAAUCAAUGGAAGAAUUAAAACUCCUUCUUACGUUGACGGUGAUGCUGAAUUCGGUGAAUAUCCCUGGCAAGUAGCGAUACUGAAAAAAGAUCCAACGGAAAGUGUAUACGUAUGCGGUGGCACUCUGAUUUCUCCUCGACAUAUUCUCACGGCGGCUCAUUGUGUAAAAACUUAUGCGGCACGAGAUCUUCGCGUUCGACUAGGAGAAUGGGAUGUAAAUCACGAUGUUGAAUUUUAUCCCUAUAUAGAACGUGAUGUAACAAAUGUCCACGUGCAUCCAGAAUUUUAUGCCGGCACUCUUUAUAACGACAUCGCGAUAUUGAAAAUAAAUCAUGAAGUCGAUUUCCAAAAGAAUCCACACAUUAGUCCUGCUUGUUUACCGGACAAACGCGAUGAUUUCAUUAGAAGCAGAUGCUGGACAACUGGUUGGGGUAAAGAUGCAUUCGGAGAUUUUGGAAAGUAUCAAAAUAUUUUAAAAGAGGUUGAUGUCCCUGUGAUAAGCAACCAAGCCUGUGAACAGCAAAUGAGACGAACAAGAUUAGGUCCAGGUUUCAAUUUACAUCCUGGAUUUAUUUGUGCUGGCGGAGAAGAAGGAAAAGAUGCUUGCAAAGGUGAUGGUGGUGGACCAAUGGUUUGCGAACGAAAUGGUCGUUGGCAGUUGGCAGGAAUUGUAUCAUGGGGCAUUGGUUGUGGACAACCUGGUGUUCCUGGAGUUUAUGCUCGUGUUUCUUAUUAUCUUGAUUGGAUUCAACAAAUUAUUAAUCCCGAUUUUAAAAACAAAAACGUACUGAGUGGUCAAAAUAUGGUGAUAAAAUAUAUUGGUAGAACGCAUUCUUUGAAAGGCAAACCAUUGUGGGAAAUAUUAGGAAAUUUGAAGAACAAUGGCGUAGGUAGAAUGGUAAUACGAAGUACUCAACAAAGGUAUCCUGAAGCAUCCUAUAUGAAAAUACUUAAAGUUGCAGCAUUACCGGAUACUUCAAAACAUUUUCAUGAUCCGCGAAAUGUUGUAGUAUUGGUCGAGCAAGUUUUCCGAGGUAAAAAGCUUUCUACACCUGUACAAAUAGAUACAGUGACAUAUAAGCCAGAUUAUAUAUUGAUUCCUAAAGAUCAAGAGGCAAAUUAUAUAAACAGAACUCAACAACCAACACAGAGGAUCAUGCCAAGAACUACAAACUUUCCACCUCUUUUGAAAGAAAUAUUAAUACGUCAAACAAAAAAUCUGAAAAAAGAAUCUUCCGAUUUAAAAUUGAAACUCAAAUAUGCCCCUUUAGGUAUUAAAAACUAUAAAAUCGCUGAAGAGGGUGAAACUCCUACAGUUAAUGUUGAUAUAGGAUUAGGAAAACCAGCAAGUCCUAGUUUAUAUACAAAUAUUAAGCAAGAGAAUAUAUCAUGAAUAUAAUUUUAUAUAUUCAACGAAUCUUAUAAUAUAAUAAUAAAAAUAAAAUAUUUUUUUAACUAGGAUGUUACCCUUUAGUAUGAUCUUUAAAUAAAAGAUUUUCUUUGCUCCUGCAACUUUUGUGCUAUUGAUCGAUAUUUUUCACAUUUAAUUAAAGCUUCGCGUUCAUCUUCUGAAAUAUCUGUAAAAAAACAAAAUCUUAAUACCAUAUUAAGAAUCAUAUCAUUACUAAUAUAAAUUUCAAAUAAAACAUACGUAAAAAUUUUUGAGAUUGUAGAAUAUCAUUUUUGUCAAAGAGAUUUUUCAUCGCAAUAUCCUGUAACGAAUUAAAUGUAAAAUAAUUGAUAUAAUUAAAAUAAGAUACAAUAUAAUACAAGUUUGAAUGAAAUAAAAAAUUAUAU